AUGUUAACAAAUUUUUAUGUAUUUAUUAUUUGUUACUAUUUUGUUAUAAUACAUAGCAACAAUAUUACUACAAUUAGUCCUGAAAUAAUCAAAUCAACACAUGAUACUAUUGAUACAUUAAAUUCUAGUACAAAUCAAAAUAAUGAAAUUAUUUCAACUAUUGAAACAAAAAAAUUAUCUGCUAAUGCAACUAUUAUGAGAAAAGGAAAAGGAAAAGUAAUAAAAGUUGGGCAUAUAGGUUCUACAAAUUCAAUGCCAAAUGCUGAACUUAUUUUAGAUAUGGCAAGAGAAGAAUUAUGGAAAGAUGGUAUAUUGGAUGAUGAAUUUGAUGUUGAAAUAAUACAAAAACGUGCAUGUGGUGAGUCUUUUGAAGGUGUUGCUGUAGCUGCAGAUAUGUUUCAUAUACAAAAUGUUAAAGCAUUUAUAGGACCAUAUUGUACUGCUGAAAUGGAUGCUGUAUCAAAAAUGGCUACAUAUUGGAAUGUUCCUAUUAUUGGUUAUAUGGCAACUUCAAAUAUUUUUUCAGAUAAAGUUAUAUAUAAAACACUUGCUAGAGUUUCUAUUAGAACAACAAAUUCAUUAGCUGUAGCAGUUGCUGCAAUGUUAAAACAUUAUCAUUGGACAAAUAUUGCUAUUGUAACAAAUACUGGUGUUAUAGCACUUGAGCGAUUACAAUCAUUUGAAGAAAACAUGCAUUUAGGAAAUAUAAAUAUUCUUAAAAAAAUAACAUUUGAUGAAAAUUCUGAUUCAAAACAAAUUGUUGAUAGUGGAUUAAUGCAAGAAAUUAAAAAUACAGCAAGAAUAAUUGUAUGUAUAUUUUCAAAGACUAGAGAUAUGUCAAAAGAAUUUAUGAAAGCAGUUGUAUCAUCAAAAUUAGAUACUAGUGAUUUUGUUUUUAUAUUUCCUUGGCUUCAGGCAGAAGCUAAAGAAUCAGCACCAUGGAUCAAUAGUGAUGGUAGUAUUGACAGUAGUGUAAAAAAAUUAUUUUCUAAUGGUAUUAUUGUUGAUGAUAUUAAUGGUUUUGAUGAUACUCUUGUUAAUCCAUUUAAAGAAAAAUUAAUUUCAAAUAAUUUAGAUAUAAAUGAACUUGAUUUGAAUAAUGUUUAUGGAUAUAUACAUUUGUAUGAUGCUUUAAAACUUUAUUCAUUAACAAUUCGUUCAAUUAUGAAUAAAACUAAAGGUGAUGCAACAGGAGCAAAUAAUGGAAAACUAGUAUGGAAUGAAAUGAGAAGAUUUUCAUUUCCUGGUCUUGUUAGUAAGGAAGGUGUUUCUGCUGGUUUAGUUCAAUUAGAUGAUAGAGCUGAGCGUGCUGCACAGUAUGGAGCUUUUUAUAUAAAUCCAGAUAAAGAUGAUGUUGUUAAGAUGAUUGAUAUGGAACCUGUUUUUUUAACUAAAUGUGAUGGUUUAAAAACUAAGACAGGAUGUUUUGAAUUAAAAGUCACUGAUAUUGUAACCUUAUUUUGGCCAUCUUCUGAUAAUACACUUCCUAAAGAUACUCCUGUUUGUGGAUUUAAAAAUGAAAAAUGUGAUUAUACAUUAAUUAUAAUAUUUGCAUCUAUUAUAUUAAUUAUAUUUAUUUUUAUUAUCUCUGGAAUAUUUAUAGCACGAAUAUUAGAAAAUCGUGCAUUAGCUAAUACACCUUGGAGAAUAUGGAGAGAUGAUGCAAGAGUUAUAACUGAAGAUGAAGUUAAAUCAAUGUUAUCUCUUGGAUCAUCAAAAACAAAAAUGUCAAAUAUGAGUAAAUUUGUUAAACAUCAUGCUUUGAUUGGUACUAAUACUCAUGCUUCAUUUCAUAUAUAUCCUCAAAAACGAUUAAUUACAUUUUCAAAAGAUGAUAUUCAAUUGUUUAAUCAAAUGAAACAAAGUGUACAUGAUAAUAUUAAUCCAUUUUUAGGAAUUUCAUUUAAUGAAAAAGAUGAAUUAUUAAUAUAUUGGAAAUUUUGUUCAAGAGGAACUGUUCAAGAUAUUAUUUAUAAUGAUGAAGUUGCAUUAGAUGAAAGUUUUCAUGCAGCUUUUGUUAGAGAUAUAACAUGUGGCCUUGAAUAUCUUCAUUUAUCACCUAUUCAAUAUCAUGGAAGUUUAACACCAUGGGCAUGUUUAAUUGAUAGAAAUUGGACAGUUAAAUUGACUGAUUAUGGAAUUUGUAAUCCAAUUGAAAAAUGGAUUAAGGAACAUUGUAUUGAUGAUGAAGUUGUUAAAGAGAGUGAAAAUAAAGCUGCAGCAAAACAAAGGACACAUAUUUUUUAUUGUGCACCUGAAAAUUUACAAAUGACUGAACAAAAUAAUAGAAGAGGUGAAAAUCAAAAUUGGAUAAAAACAACAUUAGCUAAAAAACAAGCAGGAGAUAUUUAUUCAUUUGGAAUGUUACUUUAUGAAAUACUUUUUAGAAGUCUUCCAUUUAAUGAUCAAACGUUACCAGAUGAAAUUAUAGAUGGUAAUAAAAAUGGUAAAAAUUAUAUAAAACCUACCAUACAAGAUAGAGGUAAAAUUCAUCCUGAUCUUUGUGCACUUCUUCUUGAUUGUUGGAAUCCAAAUCCUGAAGUUAGACCAAGUAUAAAAAGAGUUAGACUUAAUACAGAACAUUAUCUUAAGGUUAAAGGUUCACUUGUUGAUCAAAUGAUGCGUGUUAUGGAACAAUAUGCAAAUAAUCUUGAAAAAAUUGUUCAAGAACGUACUGGAUUACUUGAGGAAGCAAAUAAAAAAGCUGAUAAACUUUUAUCACAACUUUUACCAGGUUAUGUUGCUAAUGAAUUAAAAUUAGGAAGACCUGUUCCACCUAAAAACUUUGAACAAGCAUCUGUAAUGUUUAGUGAUAUUGUUGGUUUUACUAAAUUAUGUGGAACAUCAACACCACUUGAAGUUGUUAAUAUGUUAAAUAGUGUAUAUACAGGUUUUGAUGAUAUUAUUAAUAAAUUUGAUGCUUAUAAAGUAGAAACAAUUGGUGAUGCUUAUAUGGUAGUAUCAGGAAUUCCUGAAGAGAAUGGUACUAGACAUUUAGCAAAUCUUUGUGAUGUAACAUUAUGUAUUAUGGAAUUUUUACAAACUUAUAGAGUACCUCAUAAAAAAAAUGUUUCAAUAAAAGUAAGACUUGGUUUACAUACAGGACCAGUUGCUUCAGGUGUUGUUGGAGUAAAUGCACCUAGAUAUUGUUUAUUUGGUGAUACUGUUAAUACAGCUAGUCGAAUGGAAAGUACAGGAACACCAGAACAAAUUCAAAUUAGUAGUUUUUAUAAUGAAAAAUUAAACAAACAUUAUCCUGAAUUUGAUACAACAUUACGUGGAGUGAUUCAAGUAAAAGGAAAAGGAGAAAUAACAACAUGGUAUUUAGAAGGUAAAAAUGGAAAAAGAGUUACACCUAUAAUACCAAUAACUGGUACUUCUUAA